AUGAAACUGCACCGCAAGUCCGUGCUCAGUUUCUUCUAUGGACACAGAACACGGGCCCCAGACCAGGAAGGCAUCCUGUUAAAGAAGGGAGCCCGAAACACCAGCUACCAGCGCCGGUGGUUCGUCCUCCGGGGGAACCUCCUCUUCUACCUAGAACACCAGGAAGACCACACACCUCUGGGCCUCAUCCUGUUGGAGAACUGCCAAGUGGAGCCACGCCUUAAGGCCACAGAACCCUAUGCCUUUACCAUUCAGACCCCUGGGGUGGAGGGCACAAGAGGGCGGGCCUACAAGCUAGCUGCAGAAAACCAGGAAGAGCUGAGUGCUUGGCUGUGUGCGCUGGCUGGGGUGAACUGGAGAAGGCUGGCUGUACUGCUACCUGCCCUGGAAGCCCAGUACAGGGAGCUAUGCCAGGCAGUUGGCCAAGAGCCAAGCUCACCCCCUAAAGAUUGUAGCUUUCAGGCUGUUCUCAGUGCUCCCUCCAGCUUCCAGGAGUUGCAUGAGCGUUUAGGGAAGGAGAUACGCAUGCUGCAAACAGUGCAUAGGGGGCUCCAGGAGGAUGGUGACAAUGAAGACAACAGAUCCCAGACAAAGCUGGUGCAGGAGUUCAACCAGUGUUUGCUGAGUGACUGA